AAAGCCAGCACGCAGUGUAUUUCCUCCUCCGAAAUGUCUAUUAAAUCACUAUAAUUGUUCCACGACAAAAUAAUUGGUAUGCACAUAAUUCAAGAGUAUUUUAGGGUUUGAAUGAUUAUUCUGACUUUUCAAGCCAAGAUCCUAAAAGCACAAAUAGGUAUUUCAUUAGAAGUGUCUUUUUAACUAUCAAAGACUGCCGUAAAAAGAGGAACAUAUUUAGUGCAAAGUGGGAAAAAAUGAGUGAAACCAAAUUCAUCGAGAAGCUUCGCUGACGACGAUAUUGGCGCGCCUAUAUUCUUCGAUUGAUAUAGAAAUUCUCAAAUAUUACGUCAUAUAUCUCAUAUUGACGAAUCAGCGUUACAGAAAAAGCUGUGCUUAUGUCAUACUUUUACUGAGAAUGAAAGGCAAAAUGGCGCAUAGCGCGUGACUGGUAGUGUGCGCCGGGCCGGCAUGCAUUGUUCUCAAGGCCAUCUAUAGAUUGUUCUCUGAUUGUUCUCUAAGCUUUGGAAUUUGGGCGUGGAUGUUCCAAGGAGGGGUUUAGGAGCAUAAAAAGCACUCCUUUUUGUUCAAAGGCUUCUAGGUGGUUUAUUUAUAAUUGCUAGCUUGUAAUUUCUUGAUAACCAUCCCAGCCUGGUAAUUUCCAGUUUGUUGUAAAUAGAAUCGGAAUACUCAUAGUUUGUCGUCGCACAAGGAUACCUUAAGUUUUUACCUUCUCAUCAUGGCCUCGCUGAACCCCGUCCAUGUUCUGCGUGGCGGAGCCGAGGAGGAGAAGGCUGAGAUCGCUCGGCUCUCCAGCUUCGUCGGCGCGAUCGCCAUCGGCGAUCUCGUCAAGUCCACGCUCGGCCCCAAGGGGAUGGACAAAAUCCUGAUCUCAGUCGGACGGAGCGAAGGUAAGGUAGAGGUGACCAACGACGGCGCCACCAUCCUGAAGAACAUCGGCGUCGAUAACCCGGCGGCCAAGGUGCUGGUCAACAUGUCGUGCGUGCAGGACGACGAGGUGGGCGACGGCACCACCUCCGUCACAGUGCUCGCCUCCGAGCUGCUCAAGGAGGCAGAGAAGCUGGUCGGCAUGAAGCUGCACCCGCAGAACAUCAUCGCCGGCUGGCGGCGCGCCACCGAUAUCGCCCGCAAGGCGCUGGCCGGCUCCACCGUCAACCACGGCUCGGACCCGGAUAAGUUCCGGAACGACCUGAUGAACAUCGCACGGACCACACUAGGCUCCAAGAUCCUGGCGCAGCACAAGGACUUUUUCGCCGAGCUGGCGGUGAACGCCGUGCUGCGGCUGAAGAGCUCCGGCAACCUGCAGGCCAUCCAGGUGCUCAAGGUGCAGGGCAAGACGCUGCGAGACUCUUUCCUCGAUGAAGGCUUCAUCCUGAACAAGAAGAUCGGCGUGCACCAGCCGAAGCGGAUGGAGAACGCCCAGAUCCUGAUCGCCAAUACGCCAAUGGACACGGACAAGAUCAAGGUGUUCGGCUCGCGAGUCAAGGCCGACUCGACGGCGCGGGUCGCCGAGCUGGAGGUGGCAGAGAAGGAGAAGAUGAAGGAUAAGGUGGAGAAGAUUGUCAAACACGGCAUCAACGUGUUCAUCAACAGACAGCUCAUCUACAACUACCCGGAGCAGCUGUUUGCCGACGCCGGCGUCAUGGCCAUUGAGCACGCCGACUUUGACGGUAUCGAGCGGCUGGCGCUGGUGACAGGCGGAGAGAUCGUGUCGACGUUCGACCACCCGGAGCUGGUCAAACUGGGCAGCUGCAAAGUCAUCGAGGAGGUGUUUAUCGGCGAGGAGAAGAUGAUCAAGUUCUCCGGCGUGCCGCUGGGCGAGGCGUGCACGGUGGUUCUGCGCGGCGCCACACAGCAGAUUCUGGACGAGGCCGAGCGAUCCCUGCACGACGCACUCUGCGUGCUCACGUCGACAAUCAAGGAGACGCGCACGGUAUUCGGAGGAGGCUGCAGCGAGACGCUGAUGGCGGUGGCCGUGCUGGAGGAGGCGGCCCGCACCCCCGGCAAGGAGGCCGUGGCCAUGGAGGCGUACGCGCGCGCGCUCCUUCAGCUGCCGACCAUUAUCGCCGACAACGGCGGCUACGACUCUGCACUGCUGGUCAGCCAGCUGCGCGCCGGCCACACGCAGGGGCAGAACCGGCUCGGCAUCAACAUGUUGGACGGCACUGUCGGCAACAUGGAGGAGCUCGGCAUCACCGAGUCGUUCAUGGUCAAACAGCAGAUGGUGGCCUCCGCCUCCGAGGCCGCCGAGAUGAUCCUCCGUGUGGACGAUAUCAUCAAGGCGGCGCCGCGCAAACGGGUGGACGACCGCGGUCACUGCUAGUGUCCGGCGGCCCGCGUCCGUCCGCCACCGCCGACCGGCCCACCGACCGGCGGUCUGCCCGUGAUUCACACCUACUUGUCUUUGUGUUUCAUUAACGCUUGUGCUGACAUGUCAACUGGUCAAUAAUAAUUACCACACUCAGCGA